CUACCCUAACUGUUACCAACGUUUGAUGCUCAGACGUACCUUGAACACUUCAAUUCGAAAAGCCAACAUCAACAACAUCAUGUCGGUCGAAAAGAUCACAACAAUCUCGCCAAUCACCAACAGGCCAAUUCUCACCCGCAAUGGCCUGUCAGAUGCAGAUAUUCAGUCGAUACCUGAGACAGCCACUCGCGCUUUCGAAUCUUUUAGGCGUACCUCACUAGCUGAGAGACAGCAAAUCGUUAAAAAGGCCUUGAAGUUGCUCGACGAACGCCAGGAUGCAUUGGGCAAGGAGCUUACCGAGCAGAUGGGCCGCCCAAUCGCAUAUACGCCAAAGGAAGUCAUCACAGCCGUUAUGCGUGGCGAGUACUUGCUCAGGAUCAGUGAUGAAACACUCAAGGACACAGCGGGUGAACCUGAGAAAGGUUUCAAGCGCUACGUCAGGAAGGUCCCAUUGGGUCCUGUUCUGAUUCUCUUCCCCUGGAACUACCCUUAUUUGACUCUUAUCAACUCUCUUGUACCUGCUAUUCUAUCUGGAAACUCAGUCAUCCUGAAACCCUCUCCCCAAACGCCAACCAGCGCAGAGCAGAUCCAGAAGAUUUUCUCGGAUGCUGGACUGCCGGACGGUGUACUUCAGGUCUUUCACAGCGGAUCAAUCACCCAGAUUGAAGCCAUUGCCAGGUCACCGCAAAUCCAGCUUGUUUGUUUCACCGGCUCCGUGGCUAACGGACUCGCCGUACAGAGCGCUGCAAACGACAGAGUGCCUCUUCGCGUAGGGCUCGAGCUAGGAGGUAAAGACCCUGCUUAUGUGCGGUCAGAUGUCGACAUCGAAUGGGCUGCGGAAGAGAUUGUUGAUGGAGCAAUCUUCAACUCUGGUCAGAGCUGCUGUAGUGUUGAGCGGGUGUAUGUGGACGAAAAGAUUCACGAUGAAUUCGUAUCGGCGGUGCAGGAUGUUCUCAAAGGCUACAAGCUCGGCGAUCCAUUCGAUAAGGAUACACAAAUUGGUCCAGUGGUGUCCAAGCGGUCAGCGGAGACUGUGCAGGCACACAUCAAGGAUGCUGUCGAGAAAGGUGCGAAGAAUGCCACCCCCGAGAACGAGAGCUUCAAGAACCCACCUGCGGAUGGCAACUUUGUGGCUCCCACUCUGCUUACUGGCGUCAACCAUAGCAUGACCGUCAUGACCGAAGAGACAUUCGGACCUAUCAUCCCUGUGAUGAAGGUAAAAGAUGACGCGGAGGCUAUCAAGCUCAUGAACGACAGCCAGUUCGGUUUGACAGCAAGCAUCUGGACCAAAGACACCGAGAAGGGACAUGAGCUUGUCGAUGAUGUCGAGGCUGGAACUGUCUUCGUCAACCGAUGCGACUAUCCCGCACCUGAUCUUGCAUGGGUCGGCUGGAAGGACUCAGGCAAAGGACAGACGCUAAGCAAGUUCGGCUUCGACCAGUUCGUCAAGCUCAAGAGCUACCACGUCAAGGACUACCCGAAAUAGAUGGUACUGCAUGAAAGCAGCUCGCACGACAGGC